UCUACUGUAUGUCUACAUUUGGAGUACGGUGUAGGUUUUUUUGAAAACGAUCAAAUAGCCGAAAAUCAAGAAAUAAACCUAUAUUAUUUAAUAUGAGAAAUAUCUACAACACGUGAAUGUGAAACGGACACUAUAUAGGCUCCGCAAGAGUCGGCAUUCAAUCAGUCUGUCGUCAAGUGUACACACGUACGAUUCUCCUCCGUCUUUAUUAUAUUUGUUAAGUGUUUACAAUUUUUCCAAGUCUUUAUUAUUUUUAUAAUAAACAAUUUUUAAAAACAUGGCUGGUUCAAUUGAAGACAACGCUGCAUUAUACAAGAAGAAGACCUUUACGUAUGUACCACCAUCACCACCGGCUGAACUCAUCGAAACCACAAGCUACACGAUCAACUUUACAGCACGCAAAUUCAUACUUGUCGGUGUCGAUCCUACUGAUAAUUUUCAAGUCACCGUUCAUUUAUUAACACCAUCGCGUCAUGUUAAAAUAUCGCCGGAUUUCCUGAGACGCAUAUUCUCUAUGAUGGGGCAUAUCUUAUCAUUUAUAUUAGAUACGGUCCAGUACAAGCGCAUCAUAUUUCUUGAGACGGAAUUUCAUAAAAUAUCCAGUAUGGUGUAUGGCGGAGAAAAUGUGCUAGUAAUAGAGUCAAAAACUCAGGACGGGUGCAGAGUACUGUUAAAUCGGGAGGACUUGAUUAAGCUUCAAUAUCUUGAAUGUAGUAUUUUCGAAAGUAUUGUACGGAAAGAAAUAAACACUGCUCCAUUAAUUACAAGGCAGUUUGACGAUUUUGCGAUGUAUCUACAUGAGAAAUCUGCUCACCUUAAAUCACCACCGAAAAAUUUAGAAGAGAUGUUAAUAUUCAUUAAAAACGUACAAGACGAUCGAACGGAGAAAAUUUACCCAAACAUGAUCGGUCAAAUACAAAUGUAUGCAACCGUACAACUAGCUGAAACUGUGUUACAACAGUUGACGCAUGAGUUACAGAAUGGUCAAAUGGAUACACCAACGUCUCCAAGCUAUUCGCCGGUCAGCAAUAUAUUCAGCAUGCACGACGAUUCAUCUGCACGUGAUGGAUUUAAUCAGCCUAAGGAUGAUAUUUUAGCUAAGGCACUAGAUCAUAUUGAUGGACCUGCACGGACACCAGCCGAGAUUCGCAACCCGCAGGCAUACGAGGUAAACGAUGGGCCUGAUUUUUUCUACCAAUUCAGGACGAUAUCACCACCGCAACCUUACCCAACUUUCACCGAACAUCCAGUGCCAUCACACAAACGAUCUCAGUCAACCUUCGCCAAGCAUCCGACGCCAGUACGUGAUGUUAAGCGACGUCUAUUUUAAUAUUUGUAUGACUAAUUUAUGUGAAAAUAAAACAA